GCUGCAAAACACACAUAUACAUCUGGACUCUGGAGAGAGAGAGAAAGAAUAUGGAUAAUAAUUUGGCACUAUGUUUUCGUUUCUACCCGACGGAGGAAGAGCUGAUUUCCUUUUAUCUACGUAACAAGCUAGAAGGAACGAGACCAGACCUGGACCGGGUUAUACCCGUUCUCGACAUUUACGAGAUGGAUCCAUGGCACCUCCCACAGUUUUCAGGAGAACUGUGUCGUGGAGACCCAGAACAAUGGUUCUUCUUCGUGCCAAGACAAGAGAGGGAAGCUCGUGUAGGAAGAACAAGCCGAACCACCUGUUCCGGAUACUGGAAAGCUACAGGUUCUCCAAGCUACGCUUAUUCUUCAGGGAAUCGGAUCAUUGGAAUGAAGAAAACCAUGGUGUUCUACAAAGGAAAAGCUCCUAGUGGAAGUAAAACUGAGUGGAAGAUGAACGAGUAUCGAGCUAUCUUAGGUCAUGAAGCCUCUUCUUCUUCAAAUAGUGCAACUCCAAAUCGAAUUUUACGGCACGAAUAUAGUUUGUGCCGUGUGUACAAAGGAUCGGGGAGCUUGCGAGCAUUCGAUCGAAGGCCCUCCUCCUCAGGAGUCACGACAAGCGAGAUGGGAAUGCAUAAUGUACACCAAGCUGCUUCUUCUGGAGUUGGGACGACCGGUGGAAUUGGGGAAAUGGCGACCACAUCUCAUCAUCAGAACCCAACAAAAUUGGAGUAAAGCAGAUCACAGGACAGUUCAUCUUCAGGUGGCCGAGAUAAUGUUCAUCCCCUUCCCACUGGUGAAAGUACCGGUUGGGAGAUUUUCGAUGGUGAUCUUCAAUCC